CCGAUGGAGAAGCAGCAGGCAGAGCCGUAUGCAGGGGUAGCGCAGCCUGUAGCGGUGCCGGUCAAUGAGAUGCAGCCUGUAGCGCCCCUAGCGCCCGUACAGGCAGUCGCCCACGAGAGCCUGCCACUGCCGACGAUGCAGGCCUACGCACACCCGACCGGCUCGAUCAUGCGCGUGCAACUCGCCGAUGGGCGCAUCAUCGACGUUCAGGUCCCGCCGGGCACCCCACCCGGGCGGCAGAUCCACUUUCCGGUGACGGCCGCACCGCCUCAGUUGGCGCCCGCACCCCAGCCGCCUAUGGCGCGCGCGGGCGUCCCGGCGAUGCCCCCACCGCCGCCCGUCUAUGCGCCCGAGACGGUGACGAUCCAAGUCCCACCGGGCAGCGCGCCGGGCGCGGUGUUCAGGAUAAAGCUCACGGACGGCCGCGAUCUAGAUGUCACCGUCCCGGCCGGUGUGCAACCCGGAUGCACGCUCACGGUAGCAGUUCCGCCGCGCCCCGUCGACCGGGACGGACGCCCGUUAGGGAGAAGCCGGAGAGAGACGGGCCCACUCAGCGAAUGUCUCUACUUUUUGAUUUGCUGCCCCCUCGCCAUUGUUUGCUGCAGACCCGAGCUUCUCAGAUUCGUCAGCGAACACUAGUGCCGCGAGAAUUCAUGUUACUACUACGACCGAGCCUUUUUCGAACGUUCAAUUCACAUUCAUUCUAGUGUGUCCGAAGAGUAAUAAUCUUUUUAACAACACUUAGUCUGAAAAGCUCGUGCAGUGCUCUGAUGUGUAGGAAAUCCUAGUGGCCCGUGAGACACUCUAGGAUCGCGGGAGGAUCGAGCGCGAGCUCGCGUGCGCGUCGCAGGGCUGCCCCAAGGGCUUUGUUCGACUAGUGCGCCGGUCGUGCAUUGCUGCGAGGCCUCCAAGCUGCCGUCAACGGCGUAAAGCCUGCCCGAUGUCGUUCGCAGCCUACCCGAUGCAGCCAGAGCCGUAUGCAGGGGUAGCGGUGCCGGUGGAGGCGGUCGCCCAGGAGAGCCUGCCACUGCCAACGAUGCAAGCGUUCUCGCACCCCGCCGGGUCGAUAAUGCAUGUCCAGCUUGCUGAUGGUCGCAUUCUUAAGGUUAACGUCCCGCCGGGGACGCCUCCGGGCCAUCAGAUCCACUUCCCGGUCGCGGCCGCACCGCCCCCGGUGAUGCCCCCACCGCCGCCCGUCGUCAGCCAGCCCGGAGUGGGCGUCGCGUCGGUCUCUGCACCGGAGACCGUCACUGUUAAUGUCCCGCCGGGCCUGGGCCCAGGCUCGGUCUUUCGCGUGACGCUCACGGACGGGCGGCCGCUGGACGUGACGGUGCCCCACGGCGUUCCGCCCGGCGCGCCGCUGACGAUCCCCGUGCCGCCGCGGCCCGUCGACCGCGAGGGCCGGCCGCUCGCGGGCAUAAAAAAAAAGCCGACGCACCCGUGCGGCGCGUGGAUCGGCCCCGGCGACGCGGCCUGCUGCCAGGUCUGUUUCUUCAUCUUCUGCUGC